CAAAAAAGUUUAACAAAACACACAGAAACAAGAAAUUGCUGUACAGUACAAGGGACCUUACUGACCAGUACAGUGCAGUGAACCGUACCGACGAGUUUAGUACCGAGUACACAGUAGAACCUAUCAAUGAGUACAGUUGUACAUCUCAAGGACUAUCUCCAGGCCAGGCUGAAGAGUAAAGAAUCCUUGUUUCCAGAAUAUGAUUGGGCAACAGACUAUCCAUCCUUAGACCCCAGACAAGGUUUUUAUAAAUCUUCUUGUUUUGGAAACUCUGGAAAAGUACUGCGACAUCGAAACUCAACGUCCUGUAUUCCUGAUUACCUGAUAUUGGUUCAAGAAUGUACAAAAUCUACUGCUAUAGCUCUAGAUUUAAGUUUGUACAAUUCAUGGAUAGAAAACACCAUUUUAACAGAUGUUUUAACAGUACAAGAAUCGAACAGUACUGUACAAUAUGUGCCGAAAGUAAAACACUUACUCGGCAAACACAUUAGAAAAUCUCAAAACUGUCAGAGCGGAUAUUAUCAGAACUAUGAAGUUUACCACGCACAAUCCAGGAGAAUAAAACCCUUGAACACAAUUCAGGAUGCAGAGCCACAGUUUAAUCCUUUAUCUCAGAAUCUCCGAGUAAUAACGGAGUGUGGAGUAGAAAUCCGCCUGGAGUCGGGAAUAAUUCAUUCUCCCAUACAUUUCAGGGAUAUAAAAACUGGAAAUGAACUGAAAACACUACAAUAUCUGAACUACAAGUAUAGGCCAAAUAUGGAGUGCGAAUGGGUGAUUACUGCACAGUCUAAGGAUCAGAAAAUUGGAAUCAAAUUUCUGUACUUUGAUCUUCAUCCUGGGUUUGACAAAUUAGAGAUUGAGGAUGAGGAUGGAACAGAGAUUGCGAGGUUUGGGGCUGGUAAACCUACCAGAACCAUUAUAUCAGGAACACAUCAGAUUAGGUUAAGGUUUCAGACUGAUUAUGAAGGAGAGAGGAGAGGGUUUUCUUUAUCCUUCCAACCCGUCCAGGUUCCAGACUGUGGAGGAGAUUAUUUUACUCAGUCGGGUACAAUACAUUCUCCAAAUUUUCCGUUCUUCUAUCCUCCUGCUACAACCUGUACCUGGAGUAUAACAGUCCCAGGACCUGGGACGAUUAAAGUUGAUUUCUCCGUGUUAAACCUUCAUCAAACAGAUAAUAUAGAAUUUAGGGACGGGUUGGAUGAAUCUGCUCCAUAUAUCUGUUCUGUCUCUGGUAACUUCUCCAACCCUAUCUACAGUACUGGGAACAGUAUACAGAUAAUAUUCAAGACAAAUGACUGGGGCCAGAGUGAAGGAUUUCGAGCCAGAUUUCAAAGCCAGGAUAGAUUGUGUGGAGGGAGAGAGAUCUUAAACCAGAACUCAAUCAGUUUAUCCCAACCUAACCUAGACCAGCAGGGACAGUACAGACAAGGAUAUGUAUCGUGUAGAUGGGAGGUAGUGGCUAAACCAAGACACUUUAUCAAUCUACAGUUUGAUGCUUUAUCUUUUGGUUCAGCUUCAACCCAAUGUACAACUGGGUACCUGGAGCUAAACGAUGCUGCCACGGAUUCAGAUCACAUGCAGAGAUUCUGUCAGGGUAUGGGUGGAAAGGAGUGGAGAAGUUUAUCCAACAAGAUUUACCUGGAUUACUUUAACAACAUGGAGAACAACAAGUCCAAGUUAUCCAUCAGGUUGGAUCAGAUAAGAGGUUGCGUUAUUCCUGGUCUCCCCUCUCUGGGUACCAAGAUAACCUGCCAGUAUUCAGCAGUAAACAGGAACAAGUUGACCUGCAUACUGGACUGCAAACUAGGGUUCAGAGGUAUGAGUUCCGACUGUUAUCUUUACCAUGGAACAUGGAACAUGAAUCUUCAUUGCUCCAAGAUAAAUAGGAACCCUUCACAGUUCCAGAGGGGGAGGAAGAACCCUUCACAGUUCCAGGAGAGUAUGAGGAACCCUUCACAGUUCCAGGAGGUUAGGAGGAACCCUUCAACGUUCCGGGAGGCUAGGAUGGAAGGAUUAUCUAGAAGUCAGAACAGUACGCGGAACGCAAAUAGAACCCAGGGAACACAGUACAAGAGCGAGUACAGUAAUCGUUCCCGAGUGAAAAAGUACUUGAAAGAGUUUGUUGUUGGGAGAGAAAUCAGAAAGGUCAAGGAAUAUCGGGGGAAAAGGAAAAGGAAUAUUAUGAAUAAAUUACGAAGAAUGCGGAAGGAAAUAUCAAAUGUAGAGUCAAAGCAUAAAAGAGAUCUGAAAGCUAAAACCAAACGAAUGAGAAUUCGGAAAAGGUUACUACAGAAGGUGGCAAGCUGCCGGCAUGAAGAGUUAACAGGAUGUAUUAUGCCUCCCCCUGUAGAAAAUACAGGGGUUGAGUGUACUGUGAGUAAAGGGGGAACAGAGUGCAGGGUUUCAUGUUCAGGGGGUUUAGUUUCACCCUCAGAUUAUACUGUUUGUCAGAGAGAUCGAAGUGGUUGGGAAGGAAGGUGGAGUCGUAUUAUUCGUCCUUGUCAACCGGACUGUAGCCAGACUGUACCAAGGAUACCUGAUGGGAAGGUGUCCUGUACUGCAUCAGGAGAAACUAAACUUAAAUGUACAGUGUACUGCAGAUCUGGAUUUGUCGGUAGUUUAUACUCACAGCCAAUGGAAAAUCCAGUCACAACAUUCUCAUGCUUUAGAGGAGAUUGGAUAGGAGUACCUAGCUGUAUACUCCUACCUAGCUAGAUGUAUGGGAGUACCUAGCUGUAUACUCCUCCCUAGCUAGGUUUAUAGGAGUACCUAGCUGUAUACUCCUACCUAGCUAGGUGUAUAGAAGUACCUAGCUGUAUACUCCUACCUAGCUAGGUGUAUAGGAGUACCUAGAUGUAUACUCCUACCCAGCUAGGUGUAUAGGAGUACCUAGCUGUAUACUCCUACCAAGCUAGGUGUAUAGCAGUACCUAGCUGUAUACUCCUACCCAGCUAGGUGUAUAGGAGUACCUAGCUGUAUACUCCUACCUAGCUAGGUGUAUAGGACUCAGGGUCUGACCCAAUUGGCAAUUUUUUUAGGAAACCCAAGUUUACCCGAGGGCAAAAUAGGAUAAAAUAAAAAAUUCGAAAUAA